GUUCGCUCGACUCCUGAGCCACUCCGCGCUUUCUCGGCCCCUCGUUAUCCCCUUCUCUCCCACCCCUCGCUGCGGACGCGAGCCUCUCCCGCGCUCCACACCAGAAAUGGCGGCGGAGUCGGUGCGGCUGGCCGGUCCGUCCCCGGUGUGCAGCUUCGGCGGCGCCCAGCGGCGGCCCGCGGCGCUCCUCCCUUCUCCCGCGCCCUUCCUCUGCCUCCGCCCUCGCGCCUCCUCCGUCUCCGCUUCCAGCUCCCAGUUCCUCGCUGGGCUGCGGUUUGGCUCCCGGCGCUUCUCGAGGCCUCAGCGCCGGGGGCGGAGGGAGUUCUCCGUUCUCGCCAUGGCCGGCGAAGAUGGAAAGCGUACGGUGCCGUUGAAGGACUACCGGAACAUCGGAAUUAUGGCUCACAUAGAUGCGGGGAAAACUACUACGACUGAACGGAUUCUAUACUACACGGGAAGGAACUAUAAGAUUGGAGAAGUGCAUGAGGGUACGGCUACGAUGGACUGGAUGGAACAAGAACAGGAGAGGGGGAUUACCAUCACGUCUGCUGCAACCACCACAUUUUGGAACAAACACAGGAUUAACAUCAUUGAUACUCCUGGCCAUGUGGACUUCACCCUUGAAGUGGAGCGAGCACUUAGGGUCUUGGAUGGUGCCAUUUGCUUGUUUGACAGCGUGGCUGGAGUGGAGCCACAGUCUGAAACCGUGUGGAGGCAAGCUGAUAAAUAUGGGGUACCUAGAAUCUGCUUUGUCAAUAAAAUGGACCGCCUUGGGGCUAACUUCUUUCGGACAAGGGACAUGAUAGUCACAAACUUGGGUGCUAAACCCCUUGUGAUUCAGUUGCCUAUUGGUUCGGAAGAUAAUUUCCAAGGUGUUGUUGAUCUUGUCAGUAUGAAAGCCAUAGUAUGGUCUGGGGAAGAGUUGGGUGCAAAGUUUGUGUAUGAUGAUAUUCCGGCUGAUCUGCAAGAGUUGGCUCAAGAUUACCGAUCACAGAUGAUUGAAAUUAUAGUUGAACUAGAUGAUGAAGCAAUGGAGAACUACCUUGAAGGUGUUGAACCGGAUGAGGAUACCAUUAAGAAAUUAAUUAGGAAAGGAACUAUGUCAAGCAAUUUUGUCCCAGUAUUAUGUGGGUCAGCCUUUAAAAAUAAGGUUCAGCCAUUGCUUGACGCAGUUGUGGAUUAUCUGCCUUCACCUCUUGAUGUGCCACCAAUGAAGGGUUCUGAUCCUGAGAAUCCAGAAGCAACGAUUGAUAGGGCUGCCAGUGAUGAGGAGCCUUUUGCUGGACUAGCCUUUAAAAUCAUGAGUGAUUCCUUCGUGGGGUCCCUCACAUUUGUGAGAGUGUACGCAGGGAAGUUAAGUGCAGGGUCGUAUGUGCUGAAUGCAAACAAAGGAAAGAAGGAGAGGAUUGGCAGACUUCUUGAAAUGCAUGCCAACAGUAGGGAGGAUGUAAAAGUUGCGUUGGCCGGUGAUAUUGUAGCUCUUGCUGGUCUGAAGGAUACAAUAACUGGGGAAACGCUUUGUGACCCAGAUGCUCCCAUUCUUCUCGAGAGGAUGGACUUUCCUGAUCCUGUUAUUAAGGUUGCUAUUGAGCCUAAAACUAAAGCUGAUGUAGACAAGAUGGCGAAUGGUCUGAUCAAACUUGCUCAAGAAGAUCCCUCUUUCCAUUUCUCGCGUGAUGAAGAGAUCAACCAGACAGUGAUUGAAGGAAUGGGAGAAUUGCAUCUUGAGAUUAUUGUUGAUCGGCUCAAGCGGGAAUAUAAGGUUGAAGCUAAUGUUGGGGCACCGCAAGUGAAUUACAGGGAAAGCAUUUCGAAGGUCUCCGAAGUAAAGUACGUGCACAAGAAACAGUCAGGUGGGCAAGGGCAGUUUGCAGAUAUCACCGUACGAUUUGAGCCCUUGGAGUCUGGAAGUGGUUAUGAGUUCAAGAGUGAGAUCAAAGGAGGGGCAGUUCCUAAAGAGUAUAUACCUGGAGUAAUGAAAGGCUUGGAAGAGUGUAUGAGUAAUGGAAUUCUUGCAGGGUUUCCUGUUGUUGAUGUGCGUGCUGCAUUAGUUGAUGGUUCAUACCAUGAUGUGGAUUCAAGUGUCUUGGCAUUCCAGCUGGCUGCCAGAGGAGCAUUCCGGGAGGGAAUGAGGAAAGCUGGCCCUAAGAUGCUAGAGCCUAUAAUGAGAGUGGAAGUUAUAACACCUGAAGACCACCUGGGUGAUGUGAUUGGUGAUCUAAACUCAAGGAGAGGCCAGAUCAACAGUUUUGGUGACAAACCUGGUGGCCUCAAGGUUGUCGAUGCCCUCAUUCCACUAGCAGAGAUGUUUCAAUACGUAAGUACACUCCGCGGAAUGACGAAAGGCCGUGCAUCCUACACCAUGCAGCUAGCCAAGUUUGACGUCGUCCCACAGCACAUCCAGAACCAACUUGCGGCAAAGGAGCAGGAAGUUGCUGCUUAAACUAAUUUUGCAGACGGUGAAAGCAAUGAUUUUCUUCUCUUCUGGUUUCUUUGUAAUUUAUUUUACAACUUCGAUAUGUGAAUGCGAGUAGGACUUGGAAGAUGGAGAGAGAAGGGAUUUGAUGCAAAUUGCUUUGGUGAACUGAACCUGAUACGUGAAGUCGGAAAACUGUAAAUUGCAUUGUUCUGCAGUGGGAUAAGAGUGAAAUUUUGUGCUCUCAGCCUUGAUUUUUUCAAAUGGGGGAAUUGAAUAUUAUAAAAUGAAAGAAAUUCAAUAUCGACAGAAAGAUUUUAAA